GAGAAGGUGUGGAGAAGGAGAGGAGAGGAGAGGAGCAGCUGCGCUCAGGACACUUGACUUGACUUGUCCUCCUGAGUAAACCCGUUUGCUGCAUUUUGGGGGAAAAGUGGCAAGAAGAAGAAGCAGAAGAGGAAGAAAAGGCAGCAGGAGGAGCAGAAGAAGAAGAAGAAGCAGCGGGAACUUGGGCGCCAGGACCACCCGUCGCGAGCCAGCGCUCGUUGCAGAGCCAUGGGGGGCCGCGCGCUGCUCCUCCUGUGCGCGUGGCUCGCGCUCGGCAGCGCGCAGUUCCCGCGCCGGUGCGUCACCCCGGAGGGGCUCCGCAGCGGUCAGUGCUGCCCUUCCCCGAGCGGACUGCCCGGUGACGCCGCCUGCGGCUCGGCCUCCGGGCGCGGGCGGUGCGUGGCCGUGACCGCCGACGAACGCGCCCACGGACCGCAGUACCCGCACGACGGGCGCGACGACCGCGAGCGCUGGCCGCUGCGCUUCUUCAACCGCACGUGCCGCUGCAGCGGCAACUUCAGCGGCUUCGACUGCGGCAGGUGCCGCCACGGCUUCGCGGGGGUCAACUGCGAGCAGCGCGUGCCCGUGGUGAGGAGGAACGUGAUGCUGCUGAGUCCCGAGGAGAAGCGGGCCUUCGUCGACGCCCUGGACCAGGCGAAGCGCACCGUGCACCCUGACCUGGUCAUCGCCACGCGCCGCUACCCGGAGCUGUUUGGACCCGACGGGAACGCGACGCAGUUCGAGAACAUCAGCAUCUACAACUACUUUGUGUGGUCGCACUACUACUCCGUGGGCAAGACCUUCCUGGGGCCGGGGCAGCCCAGCUUCGGGGGCGUGGACUUCUCCCACGAGGGCCCUGCCUUCCUCACCUGGCACAGGUUCCACUUGCUCCAGCUCGAGAGAGACAUGCAGGACAUGCUGCGGGACCCUUCGUUCGCCCUGCCCUACUGGAACUUCGCCAUCGGGGGCAACGCCUGCGACAUCUGCACCGACGACCUCAUGGGCGCCAGGAGCAACUUUGAGCUCAACUCCAUCAGCAGCAACUCCAUCUUCUCGCAGUGGAGGGUGAUCUGCGAGAGCGUCGACGACUACGACACCCUCGGCACCAUCUGCAACAGCACAGAGAGCAGCCCCAUCAGGAGGAACCCGGCGGGAAACGUUGCGCGGCCCAUGGUGCAAAGGCUGCCCGAGCCGCAGGACGUGGCCGACUGCCUCGAGCUCAAGGCCUUCGACACGCCGCCCUUCUACUCCACCUCUUCCGAGAGCUUCCGCAACACCAUCGAGGGAUACAGCGCCCCGCAGGGCAACUACGACCCCAUCAUCCGCAGCUUACACAACCUGGCCCACCUGUUCCUCAACGGGACCGGGGGACAGACCCACCUGUCCCCCAACGACCCCAUCUUCGUCCUGCUGCACACCUUCACCGACGCCAUCUUCGACGAGUGGCUCAAACGCAACAACCCAGAUUCCAGCGUUUAUCCCGUGCAAAAUGCUCCCAUUGGACACAACAGGGAGUUCAACAUGGUGCCUUUCUGGCCCCCGGUGACCAAUGCGGAGAUGUUUCUGAGCGCCCAAGAAAACCUGGGCUACGCGUACGAGGCCGAGUGGCCAGCUCGUUCCUACACUCUGACCGAGAUCAUAACCGUCGCCAUCGUGGCCGCCCUCAUCGUCGUGGCCGUCAUCUUCGCCGCCACCACGUGCGCCGUUCGCGCCCGCGCUCACGGCAAGACGGAGGGCCGCCAGCCUCUGCUGGGCGACCAGUACCAGCGCUACUCGGACGACCGCGACCGGCACCAGGACAAAAGCCAGUCGGUCGUGUGACCGCAGAAUCUCCACCGAGGAAACGGUCAUGUUUCGUAAUCUUUCUCUUUUUUCCCCCUUUUCUUUUUUAAUUCACCUGUUUUUACAGCCAAAACACUGCAGCUGAACACGGAAUCGUGCGCUUCCCGAGGAGGAGAGAACAAGAGACAGGAAGACUUCACCUUUCACUCAA